AUUAGAUGGGGCUUCUUCCUGAUGCAUUUUAUACCCAGCUAGUACUUAUAUCCUCUUUUGUUUGUUUAGAUAUGUUCCUAGCUUAGCAUGGAUCUACAGCCAAGCAUUCGCCUCGUGGCCACGGCCCAUCCCGAGCCGGGUAGCGCGGACCGCACCUGGGGAAUCAGGAUAUUUACCAGCCAAGGGGUCCUGGAGCGAACGAUUAAGGAUCCGUUCGAUGAUGUGCAGCAUAGCGAGUGCCAGUGGUACCUGGACAACUACGCCCAAAACGACUCAUUGGAAAAAGGGCGCGCAAACAAGAUCGAAUGGCAGUUGGGAAAAUACGCCAAAAACCUGGCUAGUCAGCUGGAUCUUUCGCUUACAGAAGGCAAAAACGUGGAUCUGGAAAUAUGCGAAGCCGACCUAGAGGGCGAUGCUUCCAAAGGAACUAUCCACCAAAUCUACUGGGAAUUGCUGGAGGAUCCGUCCGCAUGGGGUCUGCAACAACUCCGUCUUUGGGUACGCAGGAUGCGAUCGUCUGAGCCUACGGAUCUCCACCCUCAGUCGACAGUCUUCCAAGAGAAGCCUAAAAUCAUCAAUAUACUCCAUAUUGUCGCCCGGGAUAGCGAAAACCUCGACGAUGUCAACCCGAUCAUGUCACUAGGCAUCCUUACCGAUAUUAAUCGAGAGCUCAAGUCGAGAGGUAGCGGAGUGCAGCUAAACAUCGAGUCGAUCAAGCCGGCGAGCCUGAAGCAACUGUCUCGCCAUCUUCUCAGCCUACGCGGCCAACAUAGGAACCAAGACAUUCACAUUAUACACCUGGAUGUGCAUGGAGAUGCAGACAUAGCUGGAGCAAAUCUAUAUUUGGAAGAUGUGAAGACAAAGCGGACGACACCACAUGCGGUCGAGAAAAUCGCUGCAAAGUUUAACCUAAAUUCCGUCACAAGCCCCUUUCUUGUCCUCAACGCAUGUCAAUCUGCCGUCGCACGUCACGGCGACUUUGCCAAUACGGCAAAGGUGUUUUCCAAGAUCGGCUGUGCGGAGAACGUGUUGGCCAUGUCGUUUACGGCGCUCGAAACGGCUGCUUCACUAUAUCUCCAAACAUUUUACAAGCAGCUGAUUUUACAUGGGCAGACAUUCUCACAUGCUGCCUAUGCUGCAAGGUGUGCGUUGCGAGGGAAUAAUCUGCGAGAUGCCAGAUUCAACAGGAAGCUGACAUUGCUGGAUUGGUUUGGACCAGUAGUGUACUCCAGUGUACAGGAUACAUCCAUUGUGUCCCCCAUCAUAGCGGAACCAGUCGUCGAAGGAGAAUAUUCGUCCAAAUCGCAAGAUAUGAAUACUCCAGAAAUAGUAUACGGCCGUGCCUUUGACUUGAGUACUCUUGAACGAGUCCUCUUCAAGUCACGUAUGGUAUACUUGUAUGGACACGCAUGGAUUGGAAAAUCCACAUUCUUACGAUAUGCACAGCGAAUCUGGGAACAGACCGCACUGGCUGACUGUAUAGUCUAUGUUGAUUUCUCUCAGGGAUUUGUCCGGGAUACUACAAAUCUGGCAAUAAUCAUGCUUCAGCAGUUGUCUGUUCCUGUGACAAAAGGCAAAGAUCAAAGAGCGGCUGUGCUGGAGCACAUCCGUAACAAAGCAAAAGUCUUGAUCAUCCUUGAUGGUUUGCACGCAGUAUUUUCAGCAUUUGAGCAAAUUCUCGUUCCUUUGAAAGUAGAUGAAAAGGUUUCGGCUGAGUUUGACGCCUUUUUCAAACAUCUAACAGAUGCGUGCGACGGCGGAGAUAAACAGUCCCUCAUCAUCUUUUCGGGCCGUUCACCCCCCCUAGCCAGACAGCGUGUAACACAGGUGCAAAGCCAGCCAUUCCAUCUUUCGUUCGACCCCAGAUUCAGGGCAAUGGAGUUGGAGGAGCUUACACCGGCAGAUGGCUUACAGCUUUGUCAGGAACUCAUACAGCCAGCCGAUCCCACUUCUGCGAAUUUUAUCGACGGAUAUAUGCUCUUCAGUAGACUUCUACUGGGGAACCCAGGCCUAAUGUGUGCCUUAUGCGACGAGUUUAAGCGAAGCGAAGUAGAAAUUGGAGAGUUUACAAAUGGGCUCCAGCAGGGAGAAUGCGCCUUGUACCAGUCUCUUUCAAACACAUAUGCUAAAGAUGGUGGCAUAUUCUCGGAGUUCCACGCUUUACUCCAUGGCCUUGAGCUUGGUAAGCUAUUUGCUCUCUUGUUUCUAGGCGGGCUAUUUUGGCACCAAGGUCCCUAUGUUAUAAUGUAUAGAGACUUCCUAUCGGCUCUCGGUAUCUGUAAUCGGGACGAGGCGGUCACUUUCGUCAUCGAAUUCGCCAGUGAGCGAGGGUACAUCCGGACACGGAGUAUUCAAAACCUUCAGCGCAUCAGUUUCAUUCAUCCUGUAUUUUCACUAUAUUGCAGAAUUAUCCUGCAAGAUGUUUAUAACUUGUUGACUUCGAAAGCCGACUGCAUGACACCACCAGAGCCUCGCCACAUAGCAGUGUCGCUCACCAACACAAUGACUGAGAAUUAUAUACGCGCAAUGAAGGAUCUUUCUCCACUGUUCAAACAAACAGAAUUCUCAAUACCAUCAAAUUUGAAAUCCAUAACGUGGUUCCUCCAAGACAUCGAAGACCAGCGCACAUUCUCUUUAGCAACAGAGCAAAGCGCUGGACUGGGCCGCAGAAUCCAGCCACACCAUCUUGCCAAUCACUUCCAGAAUGCCCUUACAUGUAUACGACUUUGUAUGAGCAAAUAUUUGAGCAUUCCGCCCAAUAAGUGGCCUCUCACAUACCUGAUGCAAAUAUGCAUUCAUGUCUUAGCGGCUGGCACUCAGAGCGAACGUUCGCUUUUUAUCCGUCAAUAUGACAGUCUCCUGAAUCAUGUUUUCAGCGUAGCACCAGAAUUGAUGGCUUCUGACUGGGAGCUGCAACGCUUCGCCGUCAUGACAACCGUGUAUAUCCUUACCAUGUUCCGUACAAAGAAUAUAUCGAAACAUGAGCCACAGCAGUGGAUGAAUCGUAUCAAGGCUAUCCUACUGGCGAGAAAAUGUAUCCAUCCCACGGACGAUGACACUGUAUUUCUGUUAGCAGAACGAAUGUGCGACAUGUUGACAGGCAAGUUUGAUCAGUACAAUGUGGAUUGGAAAGGCUUCUUCAAACAAGUAAGGGGUUACCACGAGUCUGCCAAGGAUUCACUGCAUGACGAACAACUUUCUGAGUUUAUUCCGCGCGUUAUUAACAGUGGCAGCAACGGGGUAAAGGUCGCUCGGUCUAUGCUACUCAAUCGCCCAUAUCCUUUCAUUCAAGUUGCGAACAAGAAAGUUCUAGAUGUUGUCAUGUGCCUAACGCCCAAAACACAAGAAGAGUUAGAGGCACAGUCCAAGAAUGGCAAUGAGACCGGGUCACCUAGGAUUGAGGGCGCGUCUCUCAAUAAAGCGCCGAGUGAAACAUUAUUUGAGAGCGAUAAUUUCAAAGAGCUUCUAAGUCUCAUAUCAAAGACCCAUCUGGACAAAGAGCGCGAAGAAAUACCCAUGACUGCUUUUCUAAAUGGAUCUAUGCGUCAAGCAUUUGAACAAUGCCGCAAUAUCGAGUGCCUCAACGCCGAUUCGCUCAUGGGCAUCUUCAAAGAUGAAGCCACUGGGAUGGACAUGAUUGAGACCGCCACAAACUCUGGAGACUGGUCGUCUGCCAUCCAAAGCCACUACUAUCUGAUGGAAUCCGCCCGCAUGUCUGGCAAUAUUGCUCUCGCUGGGGAGCACAUUUUGGAGCUUCAGCGACUUUUACAAGGCACAAAUGACCCCAGGUACGAGGGCGACAUUAAGCUAUUCCAGAAUAUGGGGAAUCUACUCAACACCCUCAGCAAGGCAGCCUACACUGUGAACGACCAGAAUAAAAUCGAUACUGCUGAGUUUAAUAAGCUCAUGCACCAGAGCCAAUCCAUCUUGAUGGAUACCAUAACAGACGAGACGCGGCGCAAGCAGGCUGCAGCCGCCUUUACCGCUACCAACGCACUUGUCCAUAAAGUAGGCAAGCAAAUUCCCAUGAUGGAUCCAGAGGAUUGGAACGACUUUGUCAAAGGCACCGCAGACAUUGCGCGUACUGAGGACCCCACUCGUGUGCUAGGUCUGGUCCAGGAGUUAGCUACAUGGAAAGGGCUCGCCAUGGACGCAGCUGCGAAAGACGACACGCAAACUGCGUUGCUCUAUUACACUAAGCUGGAGAAAGCAUAUAAUGAGGACAGCGUUGCAGCCUUUAUCUUGGGCCCUGAGCUCGCCAAGUCACGUUCGUUAAUAACGUGGCCAAUUGAAUGGGGGCAGACAGUUUUGGAUUGGUCAGACGCAGUUAACGCUCCAAACUUUGAACUGGCAGACAGGCUGCUUGCGAAGAUCAAGACACUUGCUGAAGAGUACCGGACAAGCAGUGCAUUUACAGAUGUACCAGAUGAACGCAGAGCAAAGACAUGGCUGUAUUAUGAGAUGUACGACUGGACACAUGUCUGUUACAAGGCCUCACACCAGUACGAGACGGACCCGAGAGCAGCCUUCCGCGCUCUGGAUGGUGCGCUUAAUCGCACUGAUGAGUUUUACAACAGCAUUGCGGAACUGAACAAAGAGCAGGUAGGGCAGACAGCGGUGCUUGCAGCAACGUAUCGCAUGAAGUGUGCGGUGGCACUUAUGGGGGGUCCAAAGCUGUGAAGCUCGCCAUUAUACUCUUAAACAGUUAGACGGAGCUUACUUCAUAUCUUGAUCUGUACGUAAUAUGUAUUUAUGAAAAGAAAUAUACUGAGAGUUUGCC